AUGGCUGCAGUUGAUACCUUUUCGAGGGAGCAUGCGACAUCCCUGGACCAAAACGAUGCCCUGAGUUUCACGAGAAACGAGUUUAUCGUCCCGACGAAAGCCGAAGCUUUGAGCAAAUCUCUGUCUGAGAGAGGUACCGGUGUAGUCGACUUGGGUCGAGGGGAUGAUGAGGGCAGCAGACCGUGUACCUACCUUGUGGGGAAUUCCCUGGGUCUCCAGCCAAAGCGGACGGCGACCAGGGUGAAGCAGUACCUCGAUACCUGGGCCACCCAAGGUGUGCAGGGCCACUUCAAGCCGCUCGAGGGCAGCCCGCUGCCGACAUGGCUUGACGCCGACGACCAGAUCGCCCGGAUGAUGGCCCCCAUCGUUGGCGCGGACCCUUCUGAGGUCGCCGUCAUGCAGACCCUCACGGCGAACCUUCACUUUCUGAUGUCGGCAUUUUACAAGCCCGAUAGAAACGGGAGGCAUAAGAUUAUCCUCGAGGCCAAGGCUUUCCCUAGUGAUCACUUCCUCGUAGAGACCCAGAUUAGGCACCACGGACUCUCUACGAAGGACUCCAUGGUCCUGAUUGAGCCCGAGACCUGGGAUGAGCCGCUUCUCGCUACCGAAAAGAUCCUAGCGGCGAUUGAGGAGAACGCGUCUACUACGGCCCUCUUACUCCUCCCCGGGAUCCAGUAUUACACGGGCCAACUGCUAGACAUUCCCAGGAUUACGGGGUUUGCCCGCGAGCGCGGCAUCUUCGUCAUUUGGGAUCUAGCGCAUGCAGCCGGCAACGUAGUCCUUAAGCUCCACGAGUGGAAUGUCGACGCCGCCGCGUGGUGCACUUACAAGUACCUUAACUCCGGACCAGGCUGUAUCGCCGGCUUAUUCGUCCACUCGCGCAACAGCAGCGUGUCAAGCAAGAUCGAGGACGAUGGUUCUGAGGGCGGUUACACAAACCGUCUCGCGGGCUGGUGGGGCAACGAGAAGAAGACCCGGUUCGUGAUGGCUAACAAGUACCACCCUGCGGUCGGUGCCGCCGGGUUCCAGAUCAGCAACCCCAGCAUCAUCGACAUCACCAGCGUCACGGCCUCUCUCGAGGUGUACCAACUCGCGGGCGGCCUCGGCCCGUUGAGGGAGAAGUCGAAGAAGCUGACGGCGUAUCUGGAGAGCUUGUUGAAUAACAUGCCGCAGGAUCUCCGGGGGCUGUUUAAGCAGAUUACCUCGACGAACCCUGAUGAGCGCGGGGCUCAGCUGAGUCUACUCCUCUCGCCUGGUUUGCUGAAUACCGUCAUGGAGGAGCUGGAAAAGGAAGCUGUAUUUGUCGAUGAAAGGAAGCCCGACGUCAUUAGGGUAGCUCCGGCACCCCUGUAUAACACCUUUGAGGACUGCUUCAACUUCGUUGAGGUGUUCGGAAAGGCCUUGAGGGUGGCGAUAGGUUCCAAGGAAUGA